CCUUGCCGUUGAAUUUCAAUUUUUGUUUUUUUGUGCAAUUUUUAUGUAAUUUAUAAGAGAGAAUGUCUCUCACAAAAGUUUACGAUGCAGCCACUGUGUUUAGACACUUAAAUGGUGUCCUAAAUGUCUAUAAACCAGCUGGCAUGAAAGUCAUACAUGUUCGCAAUGCCAUUUUAGCCAAUAUAUGCAAAGGUCUGAAUGAGUUGGAGCAACGAGAGCCGCGUAAACUAAGCGAGGAUAGACCACUGCUGGGCACAGGAACCGCUGCCGAUAGUGUCUUUCACAAUAUGGCCAAGAAUACAGACCUUUCAGAUCACAUACUAGCCUCGGGUUCCCGCUAUUUACCUGCAGAUAUACGUUGUGCCACUGUGGCCAGUUUGGGGGAACACACAAGUGGAGUGCUACUCUUUGGUCUCAACAAGGGAUUGCGUCAAUCGAGUCGCAUUCAAAGGAAUCGGCCUGUGCGUAUCUACCAUGUAACUGGCCGUCUAGGCAUUGCCACAGAGAAUCACCUGCCCGACUCGCGCAUUACAGUGCGUUCCAAUUACAAACACAUCUCAGCUGAGAGAUUAAGUGGUCUUGCCUCCUCCAUGCAGGCUUCCCAUCAACGUAAAAUGUAUGAGCUCUGCGGUGUAGAUCUUCAGACUCAGGCUGCCUAUGAAUUGGCCUGCAAGGGUCUCAUACGACCGGCGGAUAAUUCACAACCAGUUCUCUACGGCAUCAAGCUAAUUGAAUUUGAACGUCCCCGCUUUACCCUGGAAAUCCAUGCCAUCAAUGAGACGGAGGACUAUUUGGCUGCCAUAGUCCAUGACAUGGCUCUGGAGCUGAGAACAGUUGCCCAUUGUGUACAAUUGCGUUGCAUACGGCAUUCCCACUUUGAGGUGGGUGAAAGUCUCCUGCGACAUGGCUGGCAUUUGCCGGGAAUCAUGAAGAAUUUGCGCCAACAGAAGGAGAUUCUGAAGUCCCAUCCCGAGAUGCUAAAAGAAGAACGCAUUGAACUACAUGGCUGAUCAUUAACUUUAGUAUAAUUUCUUAUGAAAAUACAAAAAAAAAGUAAUGCCAAA